AUGACGCUGGAGGAUUUCGAGAAAUCCCUUGCGGAGGAGCGUGAACGGGAAAGCCGGCGCGAGAGGAGCGACAAAGACAGGCACCGUCACCGGCAUCACGACCGCGACCGCGACCGAGACCGAGACCACCGCCGAGAUCGAGACCGCAGCAGAGAGCAUCGGCAUCGACAUCGCUCUCACCAUCACCGUUCGCGCUCUCGCGAAAGGGAAUCAGACAGAAAUAGCGAAUCGCGCAGAGAUGAUGGCCACCGCCAUAAACGCUCACGCCAUUCCUCUGAUCAUGGCGACGAUCGAGACCACCAUAAACGUCGGCACAGGGACGAGGAAAAACGGGAGGACGAGCCAACCCCUGUUGCGGAGAUUACGCAAGAGGAGCCUACGAAGCUAAAGAGAGAUGCGUGGAUGGAAGCUCCGUCCGCAUUGGAUAUUGACUAUGUCCAACGGCGCGAAAAGACUCGUCUCGAGGAGGAGCCGAAACCGCGCAUGUUGCAGGCAGACUUUGAGCUUAAGAUCCACAACAGGGAGCUGAAUACCCACUUGCGCGAUCUGAAAGAAGGGAAGGUGCUAGAGGAGAUUGAGCAGGAACCGGCCGAACAUAAAGUGGACUACACCUUUGGCGACGCGGGAUCGGGCUGGAGAAUGACCAAGCUCAAAGGCGUGUAUCGAGAGGCGAAGGAAAGCGGUCGAUCUGAGGAGGAGGUUGCCAUUGAGCGCUUUGGGGAUCUGCGCUCUUUUGACGAUGCCCGUGAAGAGGAAGCGGAACUGGAUCGCCGUGAAACGUAUGGCGAGGGCUAUGUCGGAAAGGAGAAGCCCACGGGCGAACUAUUCCGGGAGCGAAAACAGGAAGAAAAUGUACAUCACGAUCCGCAUGAACAUCUUCGCGACCCUGAAAAGGAGUACGGCGCUCGUGGACAGGGCCAGCCGAUGGAGACGGAGCCCCCUGUUCGGACCACACAGCAUCUUGAUCUCACGGCCUUGAACAAACUCAAGGCGCAAAUGAUGCGAGCCAAGCUGAAAGGCGCACCGGAUGCCGCAGAGCUUGAGGAGCAAUACAAUGCCGCCGCGGCCGCAAUGGCUAAUCGGAAAGAGCCGGACGUGAUGGUGCUCGGCGUGAUGGAGAACAGGAUGCUUGCUGGGAAGCGGAAUGAAGUGAAAGCUAUACAGAACAAACGCGGUUUGGAACGAGGCAAGGUGGAAGAAAAUGAGGACAUGACAAUCGCGGAUAUGGUCCAGGAGGAGCGCCGGAGUCGCGGCCAGUUCGGCGGAGAAGGACGGCGCCUCGCUGAGAGGAUUGCAAAGGACGGCAAGUUCGAAAAUGAUCUCGAGUACAUGGACGACAAUGCCUCCAAACUGGCCCGCCGCGUCCACAAAUCCGAAAUCGACCUCAAGAACACCACGAUCAAUGAGCUGCACAAGAUGAACAAGAUCCUAGACAACUGCCCGCUAUGCCACCACGAAGACACCAAUACGCCUCCAGUCGCCCCAGUUGUAUCACUAGCCACAAGAGUCUACCUAACACUCCCAACCGAGCCCGAACUCAGCUCCGGCAGCGCCACAAUCGUGCCCAUCCAGCACCGCACCAACCUUUUAGAAUGCGACGACGACGAAUGGGAGGAGAUCCGCAACUUCAUGAAGAGCCUCACCCGCAUGUACCACGAUCAAGGCCGCGACGUCAUCUUCUACGAAAACGCCGCGGCGCCCCACCGCAAGCGCCACGCUUCCAUGGAAGCCGUGCCUCUUCCCUACAGCCUUGGAGAGACAUCGCCGGCCUUCUUCAAGGAAGCCAUCCUCUCCGCGGAUGAAGAGUGGACGCAGCAUCGCAAGCUCAUCGAUACACUGGCCAAGUCCAAGCAGGGUCUAGGUCGGAAUGCCUUCCGCCGCUCUCUCGCCAAAGAGAUGCCCUACUUCCACGUGUGGUUCCAGCUUGAUGGCGGGUUGGGCCAUGUUGUUGAAGAUGCCAACCGGUGGCCAAAGGGUGAUCUCUUUGCGCGGGAGGUCAUCGGAGGCAUGCUGGACGUUGGCCCGGAGAUCAUUAAGAAACAGGGACGCUGGACGAGAGGAGGAGACCGGCGCGUUGGCGGGUUCCAGAGCCGGUGGAGGAAGUUUGACUGGACAAGGGUGCUUGUUGAGGGGUGA